UUCUUCUUCUUUUUUUUUUUUUAAAUCUGCUCUGUUAUGUUGAUUUUGCACCUAUUUUUGCUACUGUUCUUGGGGUGUUCUCAGGUAAUUUUGCUCUCAACCCAUAUGAGACUUUGACAUACAUUAUUUAGUUCACUCUCAGCAUUUUCUGUUUCCUUUAUUCAUUUCCUGAAGUUUUAUAUCAUUCAUCCUUUCUUGGCUGUAAGCUGUAGCUGGGAUAUGCAAUUUAUAGUUCAGAGAUCCAUUUUUUUUCGUGGGUUUUGGUCAGAUAUUAUUCUCCUUACUAGAUUCUUGUAGGAUGAAAUAGAUCAUUGCUUGCUAUUUCCCAAAUAUUCGAUCUUUCAGUGCCUAGUGUAUCUAUAUCUUAGACAAACCAAGACUUCCCUUGAAAUUUAUGAAUCUUUGAAGACCUAAAUAUUUCUCCCCUGUUCUUGAAAGACUCUCUUCUUGUUUUGUAUAUUUAGGGCAGUUUUUAUGAGAUGUAUCUUCAGCUGGGAUCUUAUGUAAUGCAUGAAUAAGAAAUACUAAUCAUGGAUGAAGAUGGUUCCUUCACUCUUAACUCCAUGCCCCAAACCCCACAGACCGAUUUCGAUCUCAUGGAUGAACUCUUGUACGACGGAUUUUGGUUAGAAGCUACUGAUGGAUAUGACUUUUGUCCAAAUAUAGACAGUGAUUUCACAAAUCCACAACAAGGGAGCUUCCCAAAACUUACGGUAAAAUCGAAUUUUUCUACCGAGGCUACUCUUAAUAAUAAUGUAGAAAUGGAUGAGUUUUUUUCACCUCAAUCUCAAGACCAAGAAGAUGACUCCCCAUUAGCAACUCAAUCCACAAAGUUAUGGUUUGGGCCAAACAAGAACUCAAUCGGCCAUAUACCCGUGAAGAAGAGAUUAAUGCAGGCUAUGGAUUGCCUCAAAGAGUCCCUAAUCGAUAAAGAUAUCCUAGUCCAGAUAUGGAUUCCAGUAAAUAGAGGAGGCCGGCAAGUGCUCACGACUAACGACCAGCCGUUCUCACUAAAUCCACACUGCAAAAAUCUCGCAGUCUAUCGAAAUGUAUCCGAAAACUAUCACUUUUCGGCUGAUAAGGACGCGAAGGAGUUUUUCGGGCUGCCAGGUCGUGUUUUCUUGAACAGGUUUCCCGAUUGGACUCCGGAUGUUCGGUUUUUCAAAAGGGAAGAGUAUCCGCGUGUCAAGCAUGCACAGCAGCAUGAUGUUAGGGGUUCGAUUGCCCUCCCGGUUUUCGAGCAUGGCAGUGGCGUUUGCUUGGGGGUUGUUGAGAUUGUGACGACCAGUCAAAAAGUCGAUUUUAGCCCUGAGCUCGAGAGUGUCUGCAAAGCUCUAGAGGCUGUUAACUUGAAAAGUUCCGAAAUUUCGAUUCCUUCCAAUGUAAAGGAUCCAAAUGAACCGUUCCAAGAUUUUGUACUCGAGGUACAAAAUGUCUUAAAAUAUAUUUGUGACACGCAUAAACUGCCUUUGGCCCAGACAUGGGUCCCAUGCUCUCAGCAACACAAAGGAAUCUGCCGAAAGUCGAACGAGAAUCUCGCGUGUUGCAUAUCAAUACUCGACUCAGCUUGCUAUAUUGCCGAUGAACACGUUUUGGGCUUUCACGAGGCGUGUUCAGGUUACCACUUGCUCAAGAGCGAGGGUAUUGUUGGAAAAGCUUUCACGUCUAACCGAAUGUGUUUUGCAGAGGACAUAAGGACAUAUAGCAAAACCGAAUAUCCUCUAGCACACCACGCGAGGAUUUUUAACUUAUGUGCUUCUGGGGCAAUACGCGUGAGGAGGAGCGCAAAAGAUGAAAGAAUAUGUGAUUUUGUUUUGGAGUUUUUUCUAAAUCAAGAAAAUGGUGAUGCUCAAAAAGUGAUGCUCGACUCGUUUUCUAGUGUCGUGCUAGAAAAGUGCCGGAGCUUGCGAGUAAUUACUGACGAGGAGUUGGCUCGAGAAACUUUUUUGUUUGGUGAAAAUGAUAUGAAUUUGGACUGGAUUGUGAAUGGGAUGGAUUCAGAGGAGAAGGGUAAAGGGUUGUUUAGUGUUUCGUUAGCUGAUCACGAGGAGAAAUCAGAAGAAGAAUGUAAUACAUGGAAUAAAUAUAAAACUAGCGGUAGAAAUAAACGGGCAAAGAUGAAGAACACUAUUACACUGGAAGUACUUAGGCAGCAUUAUGGUGGGAGCUUAAAAGAAGCUGCUAUGAACAUUGGAGUGUGCCCAACUACCUUGAAAAGAAUAUGCAGACAGCACGGGAUUACUCGUUGGCCUUCCAGAAAGAUCAAGAAAGUCGGCCAUUCAUUGAAGAAACUUCAAGUCGUGAUUGAUUCAGUCGAGGGAGCUCACAGUUCGAUUCAGCUUGAUUCGUUCUAUAACAACUUUCCGCAACUUAUCUCCUCAAAUCCACCAGAAAGCUCCAAUUUUUCGACACCAAACAUAACCACUGUUCCAAUAUCAACCUCGAGUUCCAGUUACUGUUUGUCUAAUGGCUUACAGAAAGGAGAAAGGCUAAAGAGAGCGCAAAGUGAAGCAAAAUUGCACGAGAACACCCGAGAUCGAACAAAGCAGAUUCUUAUCAGGUCAAAUAGCCAUAAGAAUUUACGAGAAUAUUCACCUGUUGAAACUCGACCUGUGACGAAAAAUAACAUUAUUGCACAAAAUGUGGCUACUACUAUUCGAGUAAAAGCUUCUUUAGGGGAUGAAAAUGUUCGGUUCAAGCUGAAACCGAUGUGGGAUUUUAAGGAUUUGCAGGAAGAGGUGUUUAGGCGUUUCGAAAUUGGAAAUGGCAGUUUGAAAUAUCUUGAUGAUGAUGCUGAGUGGGUUCUUUUGGCUUGCGAUGAAGAUCUUGAAGAGUGUAUCGAUAUACACAGAUCGUUCAAUAUGCAAACAGUUAGACUGUCGGUUAGUCAACCGCAGCUCGGGAGUUCUUUGCCGUGAAAAGAAAUUUAUCGUUUUCCUUCUGAAGUUGCUGAUUGUAAAUAUUAGAAACCAUUUUGUUCUUCGAUGGUAAAGACAAUUGCUCGAUUUUAGUUUUUAGUUAUGUUAGUGUUACAGGUUUUGGACUAAAGCUUACACCUUUGAUUCAAGGGGCAAAAACUCUGCAGUCACAUUGUACUAUGCUGUUAUUAUCCUGUCAGUCCAACAAUCUUUGGCAAAUUGCAGGUAAAUAUUGCGACUAUUAAUGAAAGUUGUAAACAUUUUUUGUCUUGGUAAAAAAUAUCCACAAACA